CGCAGGUGAAAAACGAGAAAACCUUUCGCACACAUGGAGGAGAAUAAUUCCCAGAUACUCGAAAACGCCCACGCUGAAUUUAAAAGGGAGAAUUUUAAAAUGGCAGAAGAGCUGUACACAAAGUUUAUUUCUUCCUGCUUACAGUCCAGGGAAUGUGAAGCAAGCAGUUUAGCAACCGCUUAUAACAACCGCGGGCAGAUAAAGUACCUCCGGGUGGACUUUCGUGAAGCGGUGGAUGACUACACCUCUGCGACACAAGCUGACAGCCAGUUUGAAGUGCCUUUCUACAACAGAGGACUAAUUCAUUAUAGAUUAGGCUUUUUUGACGAUGCCAAGAGCGAUUUCCAGCAGGCAUUAAAGCUCAACCCGGAUUUUGAAGAUGCCAAAGUGAGCCUUCAACAGACACUUCUGGACCGGGAGCACAAGAUAAACAGGGGAUACUGACAGCUUCUGAACCUACAUGUCAUGUGUAACCUCUAAUCCUGCUGAUAACAAAAUGUACAACAGUGCACUUAAUAUCAAUAAUUGUCCAACUGUU